GCUCUUAACAAGCCAAUGAUGAGCAAGUGUGGAGCUGAUGACUGAUAAAAGGACUCGGCCAAUCAGACAGUCCCAGGAACGAGAGGCGGUCCCAGAGGAGGACGGAGAUCGGGUGUCACAGGGACCAGAACCUUUAGGACCAUCAGAACCUUUGGAACCAUUAAAACCUUUAGGACCAUCAGAACCUUUCGAACCAUUAAAACCUUUAGGACCAUCAGAACCUUUAGAACCAUCAGAACCUUUAGGACCUUUAGAACCAUCAGAACCUUUAGAACCAUCAGAACCUUUAGGACCAUCAGGACCUUUAGAACCAUCAGAACCUUUAGAACCAUCAGAACAUUUGGGACCUUUAGAACCAUCAGAACCUUUAGGACCAUCAGAACAUUUAGGACCUUUAGAACCAUCAGAACCUUUAGAACCAUCAGAACAUUUAGGACCUUUAGAACCAUCAGAACCUUUAGAACCAUCAGAACAUUUAGGACCUUUAGAACCAUCAGAACCUUUAGGACCAUCAGAACCUUUAGGACCUUUAGAACCAUCAGAACCUUUAGAACCAUCAGAACAUUUAGGACCUUUAGAACCAUCAGAACCUUUAGGACCUUUAGAACCAUCAGAACCUUUAGAACCAUCAGAACCUUUAGGACCUUUAGAACCAUCAGAACCUUUAGAACCAUCAGAACAUUUGGGACCUUUAGAACCAUCAGAACCUUUAGGACCAUCAGAACAUUUAGGACCUUUAGAACCAUCAAAACCUUUAGAACCAUCAGAACAUUUAGGACCUUUAGAACCAUCAGAACCUUUAGAACCAUCAGAACCUUUAGAACCAUCAGAACAUUUAGGACCUUUAGAACCAUCAGAACCUUUAGAACCAUCAGAACAUUUAGGACCUUUAGAACCAUCAGAACCUUUAGGACCAUCAGAACCUUUAGAACCAUCAGAACAUUUAGGACCUUUAGAACCAUCAGAACCUUUAGAACCAUCAGAACCUUUAGGACCAUCAGAACCUUUAGGACCGUCAGAACCAUCAGAACCAGAGGACGUUAGUGUUCAAUGACACCGGAUUCUUUGUCACUUUAUGGAAAAAAACCAAAUGUCUGAAAUUUUACCUGAAUUUGUAUAAAAUCAGUCAAAUAAAGUGAAUUUUUGUUUUUCA